AUGUCCCGGGCUGUCCGGGAUCAGUAUGACCGGAGGUAUCACGUGACCGAUACCCGGACAAAUCCCAAAGGAUUCACAGAGUACAAGGUGGUCGCUGAGUUUAUACCAAAGAAGAACCCUCAGGAUGUUAAAGAGAUUGUGGUUUGGAAACGUUACAGCGACUUCAAAAAACUUCAUGGGGAGCUCUCCUACACUCACCGGAAUCUCUUCCAGCGCACCCAGGAAUUUCCAGCAUUCGCCAAGGCUCAUGUUUUUGGGCGUUUUGAAGCACCGGUUAUAGAGGAACGCAGAAAAGCUGCAGAAGAUAUGCUAAGGUUCACUGUGAACAUCACAGCACUGAAUAACAGCCCCCAACUAAAGGAGUUCUUCAGGGCGGGAGAGGUCACCAUGCGAUCAGAUGGCCCAGAUGCAACAGAAACCCUUGUCUUACCCCCUCCUUUGGUUCCAGAGCCAAUACGAAGUUCUUCACUUGAAAUGAAAGAAGAAGUGACGAAUGGUUCAGACGUGUCCGAGUCAGUAGAGGCAGCUGAGCACGAUGAAGACAUCAGCAGUAAUGAGCUCAGCACUCAAACUCAGCUUGAUGUACUGUUUGGCCUAAAUGAAGACUUAUGUCAGUUAGAAGCUGAAGACAUCCAGGACCCCCUGCCAUCUGCUAGUACAUUAACUGCCAAUGACUUGGCAAUGUUCGACCCUUGUUAUUCUGAAGAAGGUGCAAUUGAAGAGAAACCGAAACCUCUUUGCAUCUGCUAUCUCUGAAGUGUGAAGUGGAGGAUCAUCCUUCUGCUGGCCUAGAAGAUGGUGGCAUUUACCUGUCACAAGCCACAUUAGAAGUUCAGAGAGCAAUGGAGUUAGAAUUGGCUGAAGAUUACCCUGAAGCCUUCAAAUUAUUCCGAAAUGCCGUGGAUAUCUUAUUAAAGGGAGUGAAAGAUGAUUGUUGUCCUGAGCGUCGUGAGGCCGUUGCACGUAGAACAGCAGAAUAUCUCCAUCAUGCAGAGAAGAUCUUUCAGGAGCACAUGGAUGGAAGUUUAUCAGAUGAGCACAAAAAAGCUCCAUAA